GAAGAUUGUUUUUAAAACGUGUUAGUAGCGUUGUUGUAUGUCUGUGUUUUUGGAUUGUGCUGGAAGACGGUUGUAUUCUGUCCCAGAUAAAUAUAUGAGAUGUUCAAGUAACAAUGUCUUCAUCUGAGAGUUUGAGAGAGUUGAUGAUCGAGCCACUAACCGUUUCUCCUGAAGAAAUAUUCGGACUCUUUGAAAGAACUGUCGUCCAGUCCGAGGAAGAGAUCGAUCGUCAGCGCAGACUGCUGGAUAUCACCUGGAAACCAGAGAUAAAGUUACACAGAAUAGACCUCCCACAGCAACAUGUCUGCACAGAGGAGGAGGUUCUCAAUGAGCAGCAGCUCUGUAACCAGGAGAGUAGCUCCAGUCUGGAUCAGGAGGAACCAGAAGCUCCACAGAUAAAAGAGGAACAAGAGGAACCAGAACCUCUACAGAUAACAAAGGAACAGGAUGAAAAUUAACCUCCACAGAUAAAAGAGGAAGAGGAGGAACAAGAACCACCAAAGAUUAAAGAGGAACAAGAGGAACCAGAACCUCUACAGAUUAAAGAGGAACAAGAGGAACCAGAACUUCUACACAUAAAAAGGGAACAGGAGGAACCAGAACCACCACAUAUUAAAAAGGAACAAGAGGAACCAGAACCUCUACAGAUUAAACAGGGACAAGAGGAACCAGAACCUCUACAGAUGAAAAGGGAACAGGAGGAACUAGAACCACCACAGAUUAAAGAGGAACAGGGAGAACUAGAACCUCCACAGAUGAAAGAGGAACGGGAGGAUCCAGAACUUCCACAGAUUAAAGAAGAACAGGAAGAACUCUGCAGCAUUCAGUGGCAAGAACAUCUUAUACUGAACCAGGAGACCGAUUCCUUUAUAGAGACUCCUACAGAUGAGGAAAGUGAGCACAGUGAACCAGAACCAAACAGUAACCAGUUCCUCUCUUACAACUCUCAAGCUAAACAGCUGAAUCCAAAGAAGAGACGUCACAGAUACACAAGUCAUAGCAACAAUGUAGACAACUCUCCCAUGUCGGAGAGUCAGCGUGAUACUGACACUGGUAAAAAGUCUGUAACAUGUGAUGUCUGUGGAAAAGCCUUUAAGUACAUGUCUUUAAUGAAAAUACAUUACAGAUUUCACACAGGUGAAACACCGUAUCAUUGCAACACAUGCGGUAAAAGUUUCACACGUGCUAGUGGUUUGAUUUUACACACCAUGAUUCACACAGGUGAGAAGCCAUACCCUUGCAAAGUAUGUGGGAAAGGUUUCAUCAAAAAUGGUGCUUUGACUCGGCACAUGAGAACUCAUACAGGUGAGAAGCCGUACAGUUGUGACACAUGCAGUAAAACCUUCACUGAAAGAAUUUAUUUAAUAUGUCACCUGAGGACCCACACAGGUGAGAAGCCAUACGGUUGUGACACAUGUGGUAAAACCUUCACAGACGGAAGUACUUUAACAAAGCACAGGAGGACUCACACAGGUGAAAAGCCGUACGGUUGUGACACAUGUGGUAAAAGCUUCAAAGACAGAAGUUCUUUAACAUAUCACCUGAGGACUCACACAGGUGAGAAGCCAUAUGGUUGUGACACAUGUGGCAAAACCUUCAAUCAAAGAAGUACUUUAACUGAUCACAUGAGGACUCACACAGGUGAGAAGCCAUAUGGUUGUGAUACAUGUGGUAAAAGCUUCAGUCGAUGCAGUAAUUUACACAAACAUAUGAGGAGUCACACAAAUGAGAAGUCGUCGUGCUGACAACUAACCUAAUUAAUCUCUGAGAUUAUUUGAAAUAACGUUUUCAUUUCAGACACAACAUCCUGCAAAAAGAAGCCACUCGUCUUAAGCACAAAAAUAUCAAACCUGGACAUUAAACAAAUGGAAAGAUACACUUGAGUUUACAACAUGAUUUGGAAAGUACCACUUUACAACCUCCUAUGAAAUGCAUUAGUGACUUAACUGCAUGUUAAACUGUAGCCUGCUAAACUGUACCGUGGAUAUGUGCUGAAUCUUCCAGAAGCAAAUUUUUUCUCAUGUUGAAGUGACGGUGAAGUAUACUCGGGAUGAUCUGUGAAGUUCUUUCUUAUUAUCUUUAGUACUGAAAACACUGCUUCCUGUCAACUGCAGUCUUCUCUUUUUUCUGAGCUUCUAUCGUUUGAUGUUUUUGAUUUCAUCAAAUUUUUCUACUUUUCAACUUUAGAGGUACAUAAAUGAAUGAAAUACGGAUGUUUGCUCCCUCCUCGUGGCCAUAGUGUGGAACUGCGGUACUGUAUUUUAAAUGGCUUGAAACGGGUGGUGUUUGUGUCAUAAUAAAAGCUUAGUAACUGUCCAAAUGAA